AUGACAACUGCUGUUCGUACACUCGCAUAUGGUUGUGCAGCCGAUCACUAUGAUGAGUAUAUUAAAAUCGGUGAGAGCACUGCUAUUAAAUGCUUGAAGGUAUUUUGUAAUUAUAUUGUUACUGUGUAUGCAGAGGAGUAUAUGCGCCCACUCAACGAAGCCGAUAUAACACGGUUGCUUGAAGAAGGGGAGCAGAGAGGAUUUCCGGAUAUGCUUGGUUCUAUCGACUGUAUGCACUGGGAGUGGAAGAAUUGCCCAGUGGAGUGGCACGGCACACAUAGGGGACGCUCUGUAUUCAACGGUAUCGUCAAUGGCCAAUUACCUCUAGUUAAUUAUGUAGUGAAUGGACAUCACUACAGAAUGGGGUAUUACAUGUCUGAUGGUAUAUACCCUAAGUGGAUAAUUUUGAUGCAGACCAUCUCGCACCCAUCCACUGGAAAAGAAAAAUUGUUUGCUCAGCAACAAGAGGCAUGCAUGAAAGAUGUGGAACGGACUUUUGGGGUAUUGCAAAUCAAGUGGGUAAUAACGCGACGACCAGUGCGUUACUGGGAGAAAGAUGACUUGCGCCUCAUAAUGAAAAUGUACAUCAUCUUUCACAAUAUGAUCAUUGAACAUGAGCGUCACGCAAAUGUUGGAAGAUGGACUCCGCCACCGGAGGAUGCAAUCCCAAUUCCCACUUUAAGUCGAUGCCCAUCUGUUUUAGCGGCACACGUAUUAUAUUGCCAACUUCGUAUUCGCAACAGAAAGACAAAUACGCGAUUGAUGAAAAAUUUGUGGAACCGCUAUGGUGAUGAAGAUAUUUAA